AUGGCUUCCAUCCCCACAGUUGCUUCUUCUUCUUCUUCCUCCACGGCCGGUUCAUCUCGGCUUCUUCAGAUUGUGAAACCGUACCCAUGCUUCCUUCCUCGUGCCGUCUCGUUUCCUGCUUCUCCAUUUCUGCCUCGUCCCAGGGGGAGGAUUGCCCUGGCAAUGGCGGCAGCUGGUUCGAAGAGCAGUCUUCAGAAUGACAACAAGAAAGCGGAGGAGGAAGAGGAAGUGGUAGAGGUGGAGGAGGACUUGCCUUGGGUUCAGGAGAAGGCGUUGGACCUAGUCGAGUUCACAGGCUCCGUCACUCAGGCAAUUCCUGGGCCGAGAGUCGGCCAGAGCUCGCUUCCAUGGAUUCUUGCGCUCCCGUUGGCUUACGCCGGCGUUACCUUCGUUAUUGCCUUCGUGAAGACCGUCAGAAAGCUGUCUUCUCCAAAAACCAAGCGCCGGCGACUGGUGAAUAAAAACGCUACACUGUGUAGAUCCAUUGACGAGUUGCUUCUGCGCGAGGGAGAUGCAUUGCAACCUUCAGAUUUGGAAGUGCUAACGAAGAAGACAGGUUUCACUAUGGAGGACAUUUUGCGCAAGUAUAUCCGCUAUGCACUGAACGAGAAACCAUUCAAUCCAGAACUGGUGUCCAGCUUGAUCCGGCUCAGGGUGGCUUCACAGUUGAGUGACCCCCAAAUGGCUGCAAUUUUUAAUGAGAUCUCUCGGCUGAUUGUGCGUGAUAAAGGCCCCGUUGUCAUGGAUGUUUCAGGAUAUACUGAAAAGGGAUUUAAGAGAAAGCUUGCUGUUCAGGUUCUAUUCGGGAAGGUCUUUUAUUUAUCCGAGUUGUCAGAAUUAUGUUCGAGGGACAGCUCGCUUGUGGUGAAGGAGAUAUUCGGGGUUACAGAUGAAGAUGCUGAUCAGCUACGGGUGCACACCUUCUCAGAAGCUGGGGAAAUGGACUCACUAGAAAGAAUGGUGGACGGUGGUUCUGAUUCAGAUGGAUCUCCUGAUGAAGAAUCAAAAUCAGCUUAG